AUGGAUCAUCAGCUGGAAGCUCGAGAUCUCAUCGCCCCGGCCACACUACCUCUCCUCGUGCUCGUCGCCGGCCUGACCAUCCUAUACGCUAUCCGCCGCCGGAGCAGUGGCCUACGCCUCCCGCCGAGCCCGUUCGGGCUGCCCAUCCUGGGCCACCUCCACCUGCUCGCGCCGCUGCCGCACCAGGCGCUCCACCGCCUCGCCGAGCGCCACGGCCCGCUCCUCUACCUCCGCCUCGGCUCCGUGCCCUGCGUCGCCGCCUGCUCCCCGGACGCCGCCCGCGAGGUGCUCAAGACCCACGAGGCCGCGUUCCUCGACCGCCCCAAGCCGGCCGCCGUGCACCGCCUCACCUACGGCGGCCAGGACUUCUCCUUCGCGGCCUACGGGCCCUACUGGCGCUUCAUGAAGCGCGCGAGCGUGCACGAGCUCCUCGCCGGCCGUACCCUCGACCGGCUCCGCCACGUCCGCCGCGAGGAGGUGGCGCGCCUCGUCGGCUCCCUCCGCCGGAGCGCCGACGAGGGCGCGCACGUCGACGUCGACGCCGCGCUGAUGGGCCUCACCGGCGACAUCGUCUCCCGCAUGGUGAUGAGCCGGCGGUGGACCGGCCACGACAACGACGCCGAGGAGAUGAGGAGCCUCGUGGCCGAGACGGCGGAGCUCACCGGUACGUUCAACCUGCAGGACUACAUCGGCGCGUUCAGGUUCUGGGACGUGCAGGGGCUCGGCAAGCGCGUCGACGCCGUGCACCGCAAGUUCGACGCCAUGAUGGAGCGGAUACUCACGGCGAGGGACGCGGAGAGGAGGCUCCGCCGGCAGCGCCAAGCGACAGCGGCGGCCGACGGCGAGGAGGAGGAGGAGGACGUUCUUGACAUGCUCUUCGACAUGCACGAAGACGAAGCCGCCGAGAUGCGUCUCACCAGGGACAACAUCAAGGCGUUCAUGCUGGACAUCUUCGCGGCGGGGACGGACACGACGGCGAUCACCCUGGAGUGGGCGCUGUCGGAGCUGAUCAACAACCCGGACGUCCUCCGCAAGCUGGAGGCGGAGCUCGACGCGGUGGUCGGCAAGGACCGUCUCGCCGACGAGUCUGACAUCCCCAACCUCCCCUACCUGCAGGCCGUCUCCAAGGAGACGCUGCGGCUGCACCCGACGGGCCCGCUGGUGGUGCGUCGGUCGCUGGAGCCGUCCACGGUGGCCGGCUACGACGUGCCGGCGGGGGCGACGAUCUUCGUGAACGUGUGGGCGAUCGGCCGCGACCCGGCGUGCUGGCCGGAGCCGCUGGAGUUCCGGCCAGAACGGUUCUUGGACGGCGGGGCGAACGCCGGCACGGACGUGCGCGGGCAGCACUUCCACCUGCUGCCGUUCGGGUCCGGGCGGCGGGUCUGCCCCGGCGCGUCGCUGGCGCUGCUGGUGGUGCAGGCAGCGCUGGCCGCCGUGGUGCAGUGCUUCGAGUGGAGCCCCGUCGGCGGCGCGCCCGUGGACAUGGAGGAGGGCCCCGGCCUGACGCUGCCGCGGAAGCGCCCGCUCGUCUGCACCGUCGCGCCGCGCCUCCACCCGCUGCCCGCUGCAGCCGUGACACUGACAACCGCUGCCCCCUCCUUGUUUUGGAUGGACGGCUACGAUUUGUUCCCUUCGUUUUCAAACGGCAGAUGUACGGAAAGAAUUCUAAACUCCAAGGGACGUCCCCUCGUCUAUUAA